UGCCUGACACAGACUCCGCUUCCUGGUUAUGGCAAUAUUAAUCCAGCUAACCCGGACGCACACUCCCAGUUGGUUUACCAUCAAAAAACAACUUUUCUCCACUUUUCGCAGACACGAAAAAACCAUCCGUCGCAGCAUGGCUUCGGACCCGUCGACAGGAGAGCCGACCCGGUUUGACUUUCUGGUGAUCGGCGGUGGGUCUGGAGGUCUGGCCGGGGCUCGGAGGGCGGCGGAGCUCGGAGCGAAAACCGCGGUGAUCGAGAAUCACAAACUCGGAGGUACCUGCGUCAAUGUAGGCUGUGUCCCAAAAAAGGUUAUGUGGAAUGCAGCAGUUCAUGCUGAGUAUCUCCAUGAUCACAGCGAUUAUGGUUUUGAUGUUGAAAAUGUUCGCUUCAGUUGGGAAACUCUGAAGGCCAAAAGAGAUGCUUAUGUCAGUCACCUCAACCGCAUUUAUCGCAACAAUCUUGACAAGGCAAAAAUCCAAACAAUUCAUGGUCAUGCCACAUUUACAAAUGAUCCUGAACCUACUGUGGAGGUCAAUGGAAGAAAAUAUACAGCACCACACAUCCUCAUUGCCACUGGAGGGCAGCCUUCAGUCUUGAGUGAUGCUGAAGUACCGGGGGCUCAUCUGGGCAUCACCAGUGACGGCUUCUUUGAACUUGAAAGACUCCCAAAGCGCAGUGUCAUUGUCGGUGCCGGUUACAUUGCAGUGGAAAUGGCAGGCAUUCUGUCCACUCUUGGAUCCAAAACAUCCCUCGUUAUUCGGCAGACAGGAGUACUGAGGAACUUCGACGCCUUCAUAAGUACAAACUGCACCAAAGAACUACAAAACACUGGUGUAGAUUUGUGGAAAAAUUCUCAGGUGACAUCUGUGAGUAAAAAAGACAGUGGUCUGGAGGUGACGAUUGUCACUAAAGACCCAGAGAAGAAAAAUGAUGAGGAGAAGAUCAGCACCAUUCAGGAAGUGGACUGUCUUCUGUGGGCUAUCGGCAGACAGCCUAACACCUCUGGACUGAACCUCACAGAGCUGGGUGUGGAUACAGAUGAAAGAGGCCAUAUUGUGGUGGAUGAGUUUCAGAACACAAGCCGAUCAGGAAUCUACGCAGUUGGAGAUGUUUGUGGGAAAGCACUGCUCACACCCGUUGCCAUCGCUGCAGGGAGAAAGCUGGCACACAGACUGUUCGAGAACAAAAAGGACUCCAAGUUAGACUACUCCAGUAUUCCCACAGUGGUGUUCAGCCACCCACCCAUCGGAACAGUCGGUCUCACAGAAGAGGAAGCAGUUAAAUUAAAAGGGAAGGAGAAUGUGAAGAUCUACAAGACAUCUUUCACUCCAAUGUAUUAUGCACUCACAACCAGGAAGAGUCCAUGCAUUAUGAAGCUGGUGUGUGUGGGCAAAGAGGAGACGGUGAUGGGUCUGCACAUGCAGGGUCUGGGCUGUGAUGAGAUGCUCCAGGGCUUUGCUGUGGCCAUUAAGAUGGGGGCAACCAAAGCAGAUUUUGACAGGACUGUCGCUAUUCACCCCACCUCAUCUGAGGAGUUUGUCACGAUGCGUUAAUGUUGAAGAAUAUUAUUCCUUUGCUUCCCUAUAUGACAAUCAACCCCAUUGAAAUAUUACCAGCAUACUUCUUUUAUUUUUCUCAUAUAAGUGCCCUUGACUGUGCACAGUGUUUCAUUUUUCUAAGUUUUACCUAAAUGGACCAAGAUUAGGUUAUGACGUUCUGAAAGUGUACUGUAGAUCCUGAUGAUUGAUUUAAAUAUUCUAGAUUACGUUGUAAUGAUUGUGAGAUGGAAGUGAUGGAUCUGCAGGACUUGUCAGGUGAUUGUACGAGAAGCCAAAAGUCCCCUCUCCUACUGUAUGUGUUUGAUCACUGUUUGGUGUGUGUGUGUUUGGUUAGCUGAUCUGUCGUUUGUCACAUUAAUUUACAAACACUCAUUCUCCUUAAGAUGCAUUUUCACUACCAGUGUAGGAAUCAUAAUAUAUCUAUUGUACUGUUAUAAAAUUUCACAAUAAACCUGCAAGUUUUUUCUUACUGU